UCUGCUUGGGUUUGCUCUGAGUAGACCUAGAACAGAUAAAACGAACAAUACUUAUUGCGCACGCGUCAGAAAAUCGCGCCAUUCAGUCACAUUCAGUUCAGGGGACAGGGACAUCGCUGCUGCGAAGUUGAGGAAGACAACAAGCGACACAUAAAACCGACGAUCUCUUCGAUUAUUUGCGAAUUGCUAAGAGAAGAACGAAGAAACGUGCGUGAAACAUGCCAAAUCACUGUAUACUCGCGUUUGUAAGGUUAAUCUGUCGUGAAACCUGCGUUUGAAAAAAGGGAGGAAAACAAGAGGAAAGGCAGCUUUCUUCGUAUCUGAAUCUCUCGCAAAGAUGGAUUAUAUGCUGAAACGUUUGAAUGAAGAGGAUAACUCGAGUGUCGUCCUUGGAAAAAAUCGAUCGUAUACAUGUGGUAGAGGCAAAGAAAAUGAUAUUAUUUGCCUAAGUCUACUUGUAUCUCGUAAACAUUGUAUUUUUUUUCGAGACAAUGACAACUUAUAUGUUACAGAUUUACGGAGUUCCAAUGGCAUUUAUGUUAAUGGCCAGGAAAAACAGCCUUUUCAAACGACUAGGCUAAAUGAGAACGAUAUCAUUGGAAUUGGUUGCCCAGAUAUUGAUCCAACAAAUGAGACACUAUACACUUAUAAAAUUUCCACCACUAAAUCAUUUAUUGAUGAAGAAGAAAUUUUAUCAGACACGGUUUUAAACAGCCAUACAAAAAAAAAUAUAUCUGUUUCUCCUGUAAAUCAUACUUGUAGAAAAAGAUGCGGACCUAGUUCAUACUAUCAAACAACAAGGCCAAAUAAAGUAAAUAAAAUACAUGAUUCUAAUGCUAAUUCUUCAAAAGGAAUUAAUGUUAAUUUAUCUUGUAAUAAUCAGAGUGCAAGCAAUAGCAACAAUACUAAUAAUUCAGAUACGAGAUAUAACUCUGUAGAUAUAAGUGGACAAGAUGACAUUGAAAUAAUUAAUGUAUUGCCAACAAAAGCAAUCGAGAAGAACGUUAAGGAUUCUAAGUUCAAAUCUGCAAGAUGUUUAGAUAGCACUUGUAAAUCAGAUUGUGAAAAUGAGAAAAUGGGUGUUUCUAAUGUUGAGAUUAAUAUGGAUGUUAAUGACGGAGAGAAUUCAAAUUUUGUACAUACGAAUGACCAAAACAUUAAAUAUGAAACUGAACUACAAAUAACAGAUGAUGAAAGAGCACACGCGACAGAUGAUGAGUGCAACACAAAUCGCGGUAAAUUACCGACUAAGUCAAAGAAAAAAAUUCAACAUGAAUCAAAGACGCGAUUUUCAGUUAUCGAUGUUGUCGAUCUGAGUGAUAAUGAGGAAGGGAUAUUUCCAUGUUCUCAGUUGUUCGAUAUUAAAUACGAAGAUAAUACAGAGAAUCAAAUGGAAAUUAAGCAGGAAUGCGCUAACGAUGAUGAUUCAAAUAUCGAGAAAAUUGGCCUGCUAAAUGUCGACGACGAAGUCAUUAUUUUAACGGAUGACGAAGAUGAGGACAAUCCAUGGUUAGAACGAUUAUCUAGAAGUCAGUUACUUAAUGAGGAUGUAAAGCCUGUUUUAUGUGAUGGAAUCAUAAAGGAUGAAAUUGAUUUGGGAAUUUGGGACGAUGGAAAUAUAAUCGAACAACCCAAGAUAUCAUGUAUUUCCCAGUUAGUUUGCACUAAAGAAAUAUCGCACGAAUUACGUGGAAGUGUCGAUAAUAGAACUAAAAAUAAAGAAAAUUAUAAUACUAAUUUAUCCAUCCAAGUGGACACCAUGGAUGUAGACAAGGCUGGUCCUUCUAAUGAAUCUAGUGUGAAAGAUGUUGGUAGAAGCAAACAGAUUGAUAUUAGUAUUGAUAACAAAAGGGACGAUGUUAAAAGUAAAAACAAAAAAGAUAAUUAUAACAUUAAUUUACCGAUGACAGAAGUAAACCCGAUGGAUGUGGACGAGGCUGGUGCUUCUAAUGAAUUUAGUGCGAAAGAUAUUGAUAAAACUAAAAACAAAAAGAAUGAUUAUAAUACUGAUUUACCAGUGGCAGAAGUAGAUCCAAUGGAUGUGGACGAAGAUCUUUCUAGUGAAUCUAGUAUGAAAGAUAUCGAUGAAAGCAAACAGAUUGAUAUCAACAAUAUUGUUGAUAAAAGUAACGACGUUAACAUUAGUAACAAAAAGGAUGAUUAUAAUAGUAAUUUACAGACGACAGAAGUAGACGCGAUGAAUGUCGACAAAACAGGUUUUAAAGAAAUUAGUAUGAAAGAUAAAAACAAACAAAUCAUUGAUAAGAAAAACAAACAAAAGACAGAUACAAAAAAAGAUAUUAAAUCAGCUAAACAAACAAUAGAAAGUGUGAAACAAAAAUUACUUGCAAAGUCAACAAUCAAAAGAUUAGUUCCAAUAAUAGAACCAUUAAGUUUACCUUCAAGAAAAAAGCGAUCUGAGCAUAAUAAAGAGGCAACAAAAACAUAUGAAACUUCACAUUCAAAAGUAACAGCAAAAGAACAGAAUGUGUCGACAUUAAAAGAAAAACUUAACGAUAGUUUUUAUACUAAGGAGCAAAAGCAUCACAAAGAAAAAUCUAAAUCAACGGUUGAUAGUCACUCAUCGAGUGAAACAAAAUCUGGGCCAUCAAUUUCUAAAGACGAAAAAAAGAAAAUAAUUGAGCAGAGAAAAAUGAAGUUAAAGGAAAUUGCUGCAGAAGAGAAGAAGCUAUCUGCUGAAAACGAUCAAUGUAUGAAACGUAGAAAUAAACCAAGAGCUAAAAUAUCUUUAAAAAAUCGUGGUGACUUUCUCAUUGAGCAGGAACCACAAGUAUCUAAAUUACCAGAUAAAUUUGCAGAAUUAUCAAAAUUGAGCGAAGAUCGAGAAUCACGAGUAUCUAAAUCGUUUCCAGAUAAAUCAACAAAAUUGUCAAACUCAAAUAAAGAUCAAGAAUCACAAGCAUCUAAAUCGCAUCUUUCAGAUAAAUCUAAAAAGUUGUCAAAAUCGAACGAUGAUCAAUCUAAAAAGCAAUUAACGAAUAAAACUGAUGUAAAAAAAACCGCGAUUUCCAGCGAAAAAACACAUCCGUGUCCAAAAACGGAUGUUUCUAAGGAUACAGUAAACAAUAUUGCCACAUCAUUGCAACAGUCCUUACAUUUAGAUAACAUGAGCACUGCGUCUGGACAACACACACUGGAUUUCAAAACGACCAAUGAUAAUAAAAAGAAACACAAGAGUAGUAAGAGUAACACGAAAAGAAACGAUGUGAAUACAGAUCCUACAGUCAAAAUAUCAGAAUCGCGAGACAAGUCGAUUGAACGUCAUUUUGUGAUACAAAAAGAAAGUUUUUCACCGAACAAUUUGAAGUCAACACUUGUAAAAUCGAGCACAAAACAGAAAAAACAGAAGAAAGUGUCCUUUUCUAAUAAAUUCGAAAUAUGGGAGUUUCAAAUCGAUGAAAACAAUAAUUUAAAUAAAUUGACGUGGAAAGAUGCUCCUAUACCUACAAAUAAAUUAAGAACAAAACCUAUAACCUAUUCAGAUUCCAAAGUCCAGAAAUCGCUUCGAAGUCCGAAACUAGAAGAGUUCUUACUGCGUAUUUUUAUGUGGAAUCCCGUGUGGCUCGAAGAACAGCGUUACUUGAAGUGUGAACCACCGAUAGUGUCCAAUAAUGAACUUCAGUCUAUGAAACUAUCUUAUGAUUCUUAUGAACAGUAUUAUGAAGUCGCGAUGCCUCUCUUGUUACAUGAGAUAUGGUACACCAUAACAAAAGAUUUUGAAAUGAUCCAAAAGAAUAUGCAACGUGCAACCGUAAUGUGUUCCAUAAUCGAGAAUUCUAUUACGCGUACCCCAAUACCUUCAACCAAUUUAUUUCUGACAACAUUGUCGCUUGAAGUGCUAAUCAGUAAAGAGGAUCUAAAUAAACAAACUCAUCCUAUUUAUGGAGAUCUGGUAUAUCUUGAGUAUUUCAGAACUGUACAUGGUAAACAAAACUUUCAUAAGAUAUUUGCAUAUGUCACCAACAUGCAACAUACGAUUAUCAAAGACUUCACACAUUACAAUAGGGAUUUAAGGAAUCAUGUCAAAAAUCCGCAUUCUUUGAUAACGUACACUUUACUAACGCGACCUUUUGAGCAUAACAUUCCUGUAAAUAGUGUACAAAGAGUCAGAACGGUUACAUACCUACGAUCAAAUAUCAGAAUGGUGCAGGCGUUACAAUAUCUUCCUCACUCACCUCUGUUAAAACUGAUUGUAAAUCCAAAGAUUGAAAAUUAUCAAUUACCGCCAUUAAAUAAUCAGUAUACAUCUUCUUCUCUAAUCACAAAAGAUGAUUUAAAUCCAAAACAAUUAGAGGCCGUAUUUAGAGUAGCAGGCGCUGUACUGAAAAAAGAGUCUAAACUGUGCUUUAUUCAAGGCCCACCAGGAACGGGCAAGUCCAAAGUUAUCGUGAACCUGGUAACUCAAAUAUUAUUUGGUGGAUGUCAAGAUGAAAAAUCAUUGAGAAUCCUGGUUUGUGCACCAUCCAAUGCUGCUAUUGAUGAGAUUGUGUUAAGACUUUUAAAUAUCAGGUCUACCUUAAAACAGAAACGUUUUAACAUGGUACGUAUUGGGCGACCGGAGUCCAUGCAUCCAAUGGUUAAAAAUAUUUCCGUGACAGAACUGGCGAGACGACACAUGAAUCAAUUGACUAAAUCACAAAAAACAUCGUUGAAUAACAGCUUAGCUGACACCGAGGAUAUUUCCAUUUUACAAGCGCGUAUUAAUUCGCUUGAAACCGAACUUGAAAGCAACCAGAACAACAAAGAGAAAAGAUAUUUACUCAUGAAUAAAUUACUUGAAACAUCGAUGAAAUGCGAACAUCUGAAAUCUGGUAAAUUAAUAGACGAGCUUAAUCCGAAGGAUCGUGCCAAAUCUCAACGUAUGGCGGAAAAUAUAAUUCUUACGCGUGCCAGUAUAAUUGCCUGUACACUUUCAUCUUGUUACACCAAUCAAAUGGAGUCGAUUUUUGGUGGUCACAAAGAAAGAAUAUCCAUGUGCAUUGUUGAUGAGGCGACACAAAGUUGCGAAGCAGAAACUCUGAUACCAUUGAUGUUGGGAGUGAAUACAUUAGUUCUAGUAGGUGAUCCGAAUCAGUUACCCGCAACUAUUCUAAGUCAGCGAGCGAAGAAAUUGGGAUUAGAUCAAUCGGUGUUUUCGAGAAUGCAAAACGUUUUCGCAUCUCAACCGAACAAUCCAAUUAUCAUGUUGAACACGCAAUAUCGUAUGGAAUAUGCAAUUUCAUAUUGGCCGAAUAAGUAUUUCUAUGAUGGAAAAUUGAAAAACGCCACUGGAUAUAGAAUACAAUUUCCAUUUCAUUCCUAUAGAGUGUUAAAUCAUAACUUCAUUCAGAACGACGAUAAAUUUUCCAACACCACGGAAGCUGAAUUUGUGGCCAAUAUAAUUUUUACCAUGUUUAUGUAUGCCAAAUGGGAAACAAGUACUACUAUUUCUCUUGGGAUUCUCACACCGUACAACAAUCAAAGGACUCUUAUGUUGAAUAAAAUAAACGAAAAGAUAUCUACUAUACCGGAUAGCAUAAAAAAGAAAAUUAUUUUUGAAGUUAAUACCGUUGAUGGUUUUCAAGGACAAGAGCGAGAUGUUAUAAUAAUGUCUUGCGUGAGAAGCAGCGGUAUUGGAUUUUUAUCGGACAAGCAAAGGCUCUGUGUAGCUCUUACAAGAGCUAAACAUAGUUUAAUAUUAUGUGGAAAUUUUGUUACUUUUAUGAAGGAUCAAAUGUGGAAAUCUUUGAUAAAUGAUGCACAAAAUCGUGGAAUUUUUUGUCAGAUCAAUGCUAAUGCAACACCCACCACAAUUAAAAAAUUUAUUGUUAAGUAAAAAAUUAGUUUGUAAAGUUUUUUUAUAUACUUAACAUCUCGAGUAACAAGUUUUUAUAUGUUUUGUAUAUUUUGUAAAUAUCUAGGUUAAAUUUCAUUCAAAUACAAUGAUUCCAAUGAAAAAUGUAUCAUGAAA